AUGCUUUCAGGCGCUGGUCUUGCUAGUGUAGUUGUAUCAUUCCUAAUGUCCACCUAUUAUAGUGUCAUCAUAGGUUAUUCAAUUUAUUACUUUUUCGCAUCAUUUAGACCAUACAUGCCAUGGAUUGAUUGCAAUAACAGGUGGAACACGCCAGACUGUUGGGUAUCGCAAGGACCUUUCAAAGAUGCUUUUGCACCAAACACAUCACGCACACCAUCAGAAGAGUUUUUCGAAAACAAAGUUCUACAAAUCAGCCCUGGUAUUGAGUAUCCAGGUGCAAUGCGUUGGGAAUUGUUUGUCUGUCUCAUAUGUGCCUGGCUUAUGGUCUACUUCGCUACAUGGAAAUCGAUCAAAUCAUCGGCGAAGGUACGCUACUUCACCGCCACUUUCCCCUUCAUACUAAUUAUCAUACUUAUGGUACGUGCGGUCACGCUCGAAGGUGCCGAUGAGGGUUUACGCUACUUCUUUCAACCAAAUUGGUCCGAAUUGAAACAUGCCAAUGUAUGGAUAAAUGCUGCAUCGCAAAAUUUCAACUCACUCGGCAUUACUUUCGGCUCAAUGAUCUCUUUUGCGAGUUAUAACAAAUACAAUAACAACAUUGUACGCGAUACGGUGGCUGUAAGCGUUGUGAAUAUGCUAACUAGUCUAUUGGUGGGUGUAUUUGCAUUUGCGACUCUGGGAAAUUUGGCGUUGGAACAAAACACGAAUGUACGCGACGUGAUAAGCGAUGGGCCAGGUUUGAUAUUUGUGGUAUAUCCACAGGCGAUGGCAAAAAUGCCAUACGCACAGCUAUGUGCGGUGAUGUUUUUCUUCAUGCUACUAUGUUUGGGCCUCAAUUCGCAGUUUGCCAUUGUUGAAGUGGUCGUGACCUCCAUACAGGCUGGUUUUCCAAAUUGGAUUAAACGCCACUUGGGCUAUCACGAGAUUGUAGUGUUGUUCGUGUGCGUUAUCUCAUUUCUUUUUGGUCUACAAAAUCUGAUACAGGUGAGUUCGCUUGGGCCGUGCUACGAAAAUGAGGUUUCUCUCGAUUUAUUUGUUCAUCGUUUCAUAAUCUUGAUGGUCAUAGGUUUAUAUCUACGGAGCCUUAUGUAACCUAAGAUAACAUGCGUAACACAGGAUCGAGUGAUUUUAAAUUGAUCGGCUCACAUUUCGAUUAAUCAGUUUUAUUUGUGACACAUCAAAAAAUCCAUUUCAUUUGUGGUUUGAUUCGCUACUCAAUUAAAAUUAAAUAUUUUUGCGAUUCCCUUCGCUGAGCUGAAAUGAGGUCAGUUCAGUUCAGUUAAACUAAGGUUAGGUGAGAUGAGGUGAGUUAAGGUGAAUUGAAAGGAGGUGAUUUGAAGUUAGUUAAGGUAAGUUGAGUUAUUUAGGGUGAUUUGAAGUUAGUUGAGUUGAGCUAAGUGUAGGUUAGAUGUGAUAAGGUGAGUUGAGUUAAGUUGAGGUGAA